GGUGAAGUCAGCAAUCCCAAUGGUCUUUCGGCUCUUUCAGAGAACCAGCAAGUGGAGAAAUCCACCAUGUCACUCUUUAUUGACGAUGGACACAAUUCACAAGCCACCAGCCAAACAAGUCAAGACGUCAAACCUGCAGAAUCGCAUUUGGAAACAUUGCAGACAGAGAAGGUAUUGAAGGGUAUUCCCAGUACGGAGACGGCUCGUAUUAUCAUCAGACAGCAGCACAAGCACCUUCUGCAAUGCCUCCAAAUAGCAACGCUUCAGUCAUCUGCAGCAAUAGGCCUAUUUGAUCCAUCUCAAACAUCGGCUUCAGGUCGAAGAAAAAAGAUAUCUGGUCGUCGAAUGACCCUGGCAGUAGCUACCCGUGGUUCCUUCUCCCCCUUCUUCUCCUUUGGCAGUCAAGCGCGUCAAGCGACAGCCAAGAUCGGAGGUACAGGAGGUAAUAGUAAUUCACGACGAACUAGACCAUUCUCUCUCUAUGAACGACAAUCUCGACAGCAACCCGGGGAACAUGGACCCCAUCGUACCCUCUCCCGUCUUCGCUCCCGACAUCAUCCUUCGCUUUCACGAGGCUCUGGCGACUAUGACUCGCAAAUCGAUCAAAUCGAGAAGGGUCUGGGAGGUGAUCAAGUUGAAAAUGAGACCAAUAUACAAGCUGAGCGGACACCGAGUUUCAACCACGUCUACCCACAUAGCCAUCGAAACAGGGAGCAACCUCAUCGAACACAAUUCAUGGAUGAUGUUGCGGAGAUAUCGAUUGAAGAAUAA